AUGGUAGCCCCUCUAUCCAUCAAGGACUUUGCUGCACUGGUGGAGAAAGCACGAGUGAUGGAGAAGAUGAAGAAUGAGGUGGAAGGUCAGUGCCCACAGCAACCACAGAGGAUAAGUGGACCAUCUGGGUCCAAGCUGAGGCACGAGGAGAAGAGGAGGCUUUAUGACAGACCUCACCAUCAGUCUCAUGGGUCUAGGAGUUUUCCUCCCCAGCAGGGUCGAGUACAGUGUUACAUAUGCGGAGGCCAUCAUCUGAGGAGCGCCUGCCCACGCAUGGAAGGCUACCACAGAUGCAACAACUAUGGCAAGGAAGACCACUUUGGGAAGGACUGCCCCAACCUUUCUAGGGCAGCGAUACGCCCUCCAGUUCAUACUCCCCACCAGUAUCAGCGGAGGGACAAAGGCAACAAGCCUCAAGCGACAGGCAGGGUGUAUGCCAUGACCGGAGCGGAGGCUGCAAGCUCAGGUAACCUGGUUAUGGGUUAUUGUUUGUAG